UCUUUCUCUCUACCCCUCACUUUCCCUUUCGUCCCACUGCGUCACACUUAAUUCCAUCCCAUUAGCAGACAGACUAUUCUUCCUCCGAUCCCUUUCUGUCUCCUCCUCCCUCUCCCUCUCCGACCACAACCCCACAGAGUCGCUCACCCCCCGUAGUCCAAUGAGCACAGAAGAAGAUCCGCGGACCCACCCCCUCCCUCCGUACCCUGAGAUGAUUCUGACCGCGGUCUCGGCGUUCGGUGAGGAUAACGGGACGAGCGAGUCGGCCAUCUCCGAGUACAUCGAGUCCUCCCACAGUGGCCAGCUGCCGCCGUCCCAUCCUUCGCUGCUGGCUGCCCACCUCGCCCGGAUGACGGAGACCGGCGAGCUGAUUUUGGUCGACGGCGGAUACCUGCGGUCCUGCCCGGACACGGAGCCGCCGCCCAUCAAGCGCGGCCGCGGGCGGCCGCCCAAGGCUAAGAUCCCCGUCCCGGCCGACGCCGCUCCGAGGCGGCGCGGCCGUCCGCCGAAGCCCGCAGACCCCCUUGCUCCCGCCAAGAUCCCCCGCCCCCGCGGUCGCCCCCGCAAGAACGCCCCUUCUGACGCUGCCCCCAGGCAGGCUGGUCUGGCCAAGAGGCCGAGGGGCAGGCCACCUAAAGUUAGGUCGCAGUUCAGGGAAGUCGGGUUUGUCUGAGCUGUGGGGGUAGUAGGAGGAUGCUAAUUAUUCAGACAAGUUGGCAUUUUGAUUGUGGAAGCAAGUUGAUGGGAGUGGGGUUGGAUUGUGGUUUUCUUGUAUGUUGCACAAGACUAUGAGGUGAGUGUUUAAUUAAUUCCACUGCUUGAUGUUCCGAUGCCUUCCUUCUUCUUAAAAGAACUAACUUUUAUUGUGCUGA